CAGCCGGAGCCGCUCCCGGCUCAGUGUAGUGUAGUCCGCCGUGAGGUCGACAUGUGCUGUGCGCCGCGUGUUGUUGCGUAGAAAAUGUGCGUAGUAAGGGUGUCUUGGAUCGGAAUUGGAUCCCGGGCUUGUGUCGGGGCUGUGUAGUGACGGCUGCCGUUUGCUACAAUGAUGGAAACAUUGGUUGGAGGGCAUCAGGCGUACAACCCUCACAUUAAGGAAGUUCUGAAAACUUAUCAGCUGAGUGCGGUGAAAAGUUUGCAGGGUCCAAGCACGGUCUUGGGCUCGGAGCCGAGCGCGGUGGCUUUGACGGUGCUUCCGAAGAAGCAGCAGCAGCCCUUGGAGCCCUCCCCGGAGCCCUUUUUGACGCCGCCCCCGCUGCCGGUCCAGCAGGUGCCCAUCCUCACGCCGCAGGAUCAGUCGCGUAGUGAAUUGUCCGAGACGGUGCUCGAGGGGGAGAACAUCUCCUGUUUCGUCGUCGGCGGCGAGAAGAGACUCUGCCUCCCGCAGAUCUUGAAUAGUGUCCUCAGGGAUUUCAGUUUAGCCCAGAUCAAUCAGGUCUGCGACGAAUUGCAGAUCUUCUGCUCCCGCUGCAAUCCGGAACAGUUGGAGGUGUUGAAAGUGAGCGGGAUCCUCCCUACGAGUGCCCCCUCUUGUGGUCUUAUCACUAAAACGGACGCCGAGCGGUUGUGCAGCUCCCUCCUCCACCACAGGAGCACUUCCCCGCCCCGCUAUUUCGAUAAGAGCAAGGCCUUCCUUUUCAAAGUCUAUCAUGAGUGUUUCGGCAAGUGCCAAGGUUCUUGUAUCCCCGAGUUGUACACUGACCCCAACGCCAAGUGCAUCGAAUGCACCGAGUGUCACGGAUUUUUCUCACCUCAGAAGUUCGUCUGUCACGCUCAUCGAGUCCUCGAGAACAGGACCUGCCACUGGGGCUUCGACUCCAGUAACUGGAGGGCCUACCUCCAUGUCGUUCAAGACCAACAGAACUACGACAAACUUGUCAAAAUUUUGGAACUCUUUAAGGAACACCACACCGGCAACUUCAACAUUUCUUCUGGAAAAAGAAAGUCGGUGGACUCGAAAAAGUCGUGCGUUUCGAAGGAGGAGAAGGAGCUAGUGAAAAAAGCCCGGUUCGACGAUACAAGUACAAACGCUCUGGUCAUGUAUGAUGCGCUUAGUUAUUAUAGUUGGUAUGCUAGAAGCUUGUCAGCCUUCCGGCCUUGGUCAACCUUAUCCCAAUUACCAUCUCCGAAAGAUGUAAAACAACAAAAUUUACUCAAAGAAAGUGUUCCUGCGUACCUGAGUCAUGGACCCCCUAUAUUAUUAAAUCCUGAGCGAGUAGUUCCAUCUUGUCAAUCUGAACAAUUUGAACGCAGUUUCCAACCUAAUGUUGCUUUGGCACCUCAGUCACAAAAACUGCCCUCAAAGUCAGAGACGAACUGUGUCAGUAUCACGUCAGUCACCAAAGUUAUAUCUUCUCCUGUUGCAAAGGAUGACAGCACGCAAGACACUCCCUCAGAUACUGAAGAAUCUACGUCAAAAAUUUCCUCAGAUUUUGAUUCAAAUUGUAGUGCGAUAAAACAAGUCACAGCUGUCCUAGAUGAAUUGAAUGAUGUCAAAGAAGUCACAAGGCAGCGAGUCAUUAGUUUAGUAGAACAGCUUGCAAUACGCUUAGAUAGAGUUGAAGCUGAGAAUAAAUUGCUCAAAGAGCAGUUAAGAGCAAAAGCUUUUGAAGCGGAUGCUUUUCCAAAAGUAGUUUUAAUGGAAGAAAAGAAGGAAAAGCCACCUUCGCCAUCGGAGGAGAAAGAAAACCGGUGUAAUUCCUCUGAAGUAGUGGAGGAGAAUGGAAAAGUUAGUUCACCCGACUCCGACUCAGGGAAGUUGAGGAGUAGUCCGGUCUCUGUCAUCACUUCGUCUCCUACCCCAGUCACUUCACCUCAAAUCCCAAUAAAAACGGAGCCCAAGUGGUGAUUGUUAUCCUCUCGGAGUGAAACUCCAACCUUCGUAGGAGUCUGACUCCUAUAAGUCCCAUCGUACUCAGGAUCGCGUCUCUAGACGUAACCAACUCAUCUGUGUCCGUUUCCAGUCAUCACUUGGAAACCUCCGCAUGUUAGACUCUUGUUUUUAAUGUGCAUUCGAGACGAAAAAAAGUUAUAAAUAAAUUAUGUGUUGCAGGUAUGCAUGGAUUUAUAUUUUCGGUCAUGAUAACAGUUCUGUUGAAAAUGUAUAUCAUCAUAUUUUUCAUGCAAGGAAUCUGAAUUCCACCAGGCGAAGGGAGCAUUUGCAGAUUACAAGAAAUUAGCUGUUAUCUUGAAUUUUUUUCAAGUGUCUAUGGUUUUCUACAAUUUUUUUCAUCUGGAAUAUUUGAAAAUGUUUUGAAUAUCAACUGACAGGUCAUAUGUACCUAUACUCUGAUUUUUCCUUUUGUUCCUUUCUUUCAGAUAAUUCUAAAUUCUUUUCUUGCAUAUUCCUCAGAGAGACAAAAGUAAUUAGUCUCACGAUCACAGCAAUCUUUAAUAUUUAUUAAACCCUGAAGAAUGCAAUAAUUACCAACAUUUUCAUGUGCCAGAUACGUCUUCUAGCAUUUAUUAAUGACUCACAUUAAAAAAAUGCCCCUGGGACCUGUAAAAUGCUAAAAAUUUCAAAAAUUAGGUACUCGGCAAAUUCAUCAGAUAAUUUUUAUCAGUACAUUUAACGCAACUGAUGUGUCCUUUAUUUUUAUUUUUACUCAGUUUAGUGUUCAGCAUUGAACCAAGCGCUGAGUGUUUAAUGUGAAAAUAAUAAUAAGCCUGUUAAAAUUGGGUGAGAAUUAUUUUUAUUACGAUCCAUUAAUCUCCUGUUGGCAGUGCAAGAAUGAAAGAAAACCUAUCUAUCAAGAUGAAAUUAAUUCAAGAAUCCCUUUUAUUGCUCACCUCUUUACUUCCUCGAAAAAUAUGAUCCGAAAUAUUAUAUGAAUUCAUUGUCAUUCCAAUUUAAGUUAGCUGUAGGUGAGUUAGUAGGUAUGUAGCACUUUAAAUUUGUAUAAUACCCUUUUCACAAUGCAGUCGCUUCUAUAGGUAUCAAAAAUCUCAUCAACAUUGUAUAUGCCCUCUGCAGAGUUGUACGUAAUUUAAAGCCACAGAAUCAAAAUUCGUCAAGUUCAAAUUCUGUAGCACAGAUUUUAUGGGCACUCAAAAAUAAGUAGAUUGCAGAAUAGUGCAUGGUUUUUAAGCGUACAGUUUACAAUUACAGUUUCAGUCAAUAAUCAAUUGUAUUUCAAUUUAUACCUGAUGACGAUGCAAUAAUAAACUUGUAGGUAACUUUAGUCAAUCCUCAGCACAAACACUGGCCAUAAAAAGUCUGUAUUUUUAAGAACUGUGAUCUGUUGAUGUUAGAUUUUUUCAUUUGAAUUUGCUCUUCACGCGAAGAAUUCCAUGCAAAAUUGUAACCCCCUUGUCGCUUGUCGGUAGUUUUGUUGAGAAUUGACUUACGUUGCCUUCACCAGGUAUGAAUAGUAUUUGCUACUAACUCGGAACAUAGAGCCGACAACUUUGAAUUCAUUUGGAACACAGGUUAUCAAGAUGGAAAAAAAUCCCAUCGCGUUUGUGCCAUUUAUUGGAGAGACUUGACUGUUUCAAAGUGUAAUUCUAAUCGUACAAUCAAAACCGAACCUGCUCUUAGACCAACAAAAACUCAUGUGUAACCACCAAUCGCGUUUUUAUGCCAUAUUUCAUUGACGUUUUGGUUGAAUUCUUUAUUUAUAACUUCUUUAUGAUCUCCUCUUUUUUCUCAGUUAUCUCUUGUUCUCUUACUCGACCUGCAGUUGUUUGAAUCUUCGAAUUCAAUGUGUUGGUACAUAUUCUUUCUAGGGGACUUCUUUUAAUUUAGAUUCUUUCAAUUAUUUUAUAAAUGCCAAAGUUAAAUUUAGUUAUUUGCCCUGAAUUCCAUAUUUUUAUUUAUUUUUUAUCUCAUUGACUAAUCCUUGUAAAUACCUUCAUGAAUUUUUAGUCCUUUUUUUCAAAUUUUGCAAUUUUUAUCUUUAUUGUUUCAUUUGAAUUAUGUUUUGUCUGUUCAUUAUUGCAAUUUUUGUCUCUUUGUACUUUAAAAGAGUUCGGAAAUUUGUAAGUUUUAAGAAAAUGAAUGUCGCUAAAAGUUUUUACCUAACUCCUAUCUUCACAAAAUCAUCUCUUGUCGUUGCGAAUGGCUAAAUCAUUUUAUAGUUUGCUGACUUCAGCCACUUGGUGAAUCCUCGGUGUAAUGUCCUUUUAAUUUUUUUAAUUAUAUAUUUAUUCAUUUUUUUUAAUACUCCUACUUGUUCAACAAAGCAUGUACUUAACACUUGUACUCCGAGAAGAGCAUGAAAGUGUAAAAGAAAACCAUGAUUGAAAAUUAUUGACGAUAAAAGAAAUGAAUAGAAAUACUUUCUACUCACUAAAUUUCUGAAAAGUUGUUCAAUGACAUUCAGUUAUCUCAUGCAAUGAGGAAGGGGUGAUACAGAAAAAAUUAUAACCAAUCUCUCUCUCCUGUAUGCGUUAGAUUUUUAGACCGAGGAACUUGCUUAAGAAAGACGAUUUCAGUGAUUUUAAAAUUAGCAAUGAGUUUGAGAUUUUUUUUCCCUGUUUAUUCUAGCAUUCAGUUUCUUUUAAAUAUUCGUUUUUGCUUGCACUUUCGAUGGUAACUUUUCUGGAGAUUUCAACAUUAACUUCUAAUUUAUAAAGAACCUACAAUUUCGCUCUAUCAUCCUAUUUCUCUAACGACAAUCAUAAACUUCAAAUUUCCCAACAUUAGCUUUUUCAAGCUGUCUUGUUCUUGAAACGAUAGUAGGUAUAUUAAGCACAUAGUGUAUAGCUACUAAGUCUUGCAACUAAAAAUUCAAAUAUAAUGAAACACUCUAAUUUGAUGAGGGAAAAGAUCUGACAUGAUUUUUUGAAUAGUUAGAGCUCAAAAUAAUUCUUGACAACUGAAUAAAAGACAGCUUCAUGCCAAAGUCAUGAAAAUUGGAAUGAAUUCAUGAAAACUUUUUGAUUGAUCAGAGAUGAUUCUUCCCUCUGCCUCAAAAAAUGUGAUCUCCUCUUUUUUCAUUGAGAAAUUAAUCAAACAAAUUCUUAAAACCUCAAUCAUCUAGUGUUCAUUAGAAUUUUAACAUCAUAGUUAUGCUUCAUCAUGCCUUUUUAUACAUAGUCCAAACCUUCAUGUUUGUGUCAUCAUUAGCAUUCAAUAAUGGAGCCAUUUUUUUUUUUUUUUUAAAUUUUCAAAUUUAAGGUAAAGUGUCUAUGUGUAAAUCUCAGAAUGUAAAGUUGAAUGGAAAGUCUUCGUUUUAGAAGUCUUUGGAAAGCUCUUGAAUGCAUCUCUUAGGAGGUAUAGUUUGUUCUAGGUGUCCACGCGUAAAUAAGAUCAAUCGAAUAACAUUGAUUCAAAACUUUGGGCUGCUGAAAAAUCCUUUUUUUACGUUGCUUGAAAUUGCAUCAUGUGUAAUGCUGUUAAAUGUUGAUACUGCAUCACGUAUUUCUUGCUAAUUUAAGUGCACCCUGAUCUAGACAACCCACCAUUCUAUUAUAUUCAAACCAAGUAAGGCUGAUUGAUUUGCAUGCUGCCUGCAUUUAAAAGAUAAUUGAAAAAGAAAUGAAGAGAAACAAGUAUGUCAUUUCCUUUCAUAACUUUUUUCUAAUGACGCGGUUAACGGCUGUUGACAGUAUCGUAUUUGUAACGUUUUAAAAAGUCAAUGUUCUAAUGAAAGCUUCUAAUUUCCAAUGAACAUGAUGAUACGAAAAAAAAGAAAAAAAAAAAAGAAAAAAAAAAAGAAAAAAAAAUGAGAUUUCCUCACAUUUCUGUCAGUAAUAUCAAGCUCUAAAACAAGGAUGUACUGUGCAAUGAUAGACAAAGAAGAAGAAGAAGAAAAAGAAAAAUAGCGAUCUGCCCUUCCAAGCAAAAGUCUCUCGAAUAAAAUAAAUAAUGUGAUCUUUAGAGAACCCUUGAUGAUAAUCUAGUUUCAUUAUUAAAUGACGAACUAAAAUGGGCCGACUCCAUUAAGUAUUCUCAGGCAGCAUAAGAAAAAGUAGACAAAUGUGAAAA